CAACCCCGCCCGCUCGGUGGCGGAGGCGGCAGCGGUCGUCCCUGCCUCUCCGCCACCUCCACCUUGGCCUGUGUCCCGGCCGGCGGCGUUGGCGGGGAGGGGGACAGUAGUUGUAGACGCCCGCCCCUGCCUCAGAGAAGAUAACGUCAAAUGAACUGAAAUUUUCAACUCAUACCUUUUAUAGACGGUAAAUGUGUUGUGCUGAAUCCGAAGAUUUCACACUAUGAGCUCCUCAGCUCUUAUACAGUCUCAGUAUUUGGAGAAAGUGGAUGCUAAAAAGUGGAAGCAGUUGAUGGGUGAAUAUGUACAGAUUUCUCCACCAAGUUCUCUGCCUGAUAAGGAGAAUCCUUUAUUUUCAACCUAAUGAAGCAUUCAAUGAAGACAUAUCACUCUUUUCAAGACGAACUUGAAGAUUAUAUCAAAGUACAGAAAGCCAGAGGCUUAGAGCCAAAGACUUGUUUCAGAAAAAUGAGAGAGGACCUAUUGGAAACCUGUAGAUACAAAGAAGAGGUCGAUUCCAGACCCAGGUAUAGAAUGUUUAAUCAAAGACUCCCAUCGGAAACCAUCCAGACCUACCCAAGAUCAUGCUCUGUUUCCCAAAGGGUGGAAAACCGGCUACCACAGUGGCUGCCAGCUCAUGACAGCAGCCUGAGACUAGGCUCCCUAAGCUACUGUCAGCUCACCAGGGACUGUUUUUCAGAAAAACCAGUACCCCUGCACCCGAGUCAGCCAGAGUAUAACUGUAACUCCUAUAGUAUAGAGUCGGGAGUUCACAGGCACCUCUCCUCAGAAAGCAGUACCGUCGUCCAGCGAGCCAGUCAUAAGCAGAUGCACCACAAGAGAAAACGGCACCCAGAGGAAGGCAGAGAAAAACCAAAGGAGGAACGGCCCAGGCAUAAGAGAAAAAAAACUUGUGCCGAAAUAGGUUUAGACAAACACAAGAGCAUCAAAGGAAACAAAACAGAGAUGGAAGCAGGCGAGGUAGAUACAGAAAAGCCUAAGGAUAGAAAGGAGAAAAAAAGAGACGUUGCCUCUAAGAAAGAGGAGCGUAAGCGUAGAAAGGAAAAAAAGGAGCAAGGCAAAGAAAGGACAGAGGAGGAAAUGCUUUGGGAUCAGUCUAUACUGGGAUUUUGACUCACUCUAGCUGGUUCUCCCAAGGUUAAAUUGAAAAAGUACUGAGGAGCUUGGGUUGAUGACAUUCGUGUUCAUAUCAUUUUUCUCACGUGAGCAGGCACUUUAGACAGAGGCCAAGUGAACGGGAAGUAGAUGUUCUCCAGCGUGGAAAUUAAUUUUCCUCAUUUCUAAAAGCAUUGUUGUAAUUUUUCUUACAUAUAAUGUAAUUUCCCUUAAUGAAAGUGGCUCUUUUAUGCAUCAGAUUGCUAUGCUGGUGGAAGUAGUUAUCUCUUGGGAGGUCAUUUAUUUUAAAUUGGAGGAUUAAUAGGCUUUGCAGACUCUAUUUCUUGAUUGGGUUUGUUUUAAUUUAGGGGAGGCAUUUUUUUAUAUUCAUCAGUUUAUGAAGCAGCUUAGGUUGGUUCCCCACCCCCACCCCCUUUGUUAAAUCUAACUUGCAAUGUAUUUUCUAAAAUGGAAAGUAGAAAAUGAAAUCCAUUACAGUAAUAAUAAGCUUAGGUUACAUAUACUUUUAAAAGUUUGAAAGUUUAUAUUCUAGAAGUCAUUUUCUGUUCUAAAAUGUUUAUAAUAAAGUGUUCUAAUUUCUACAUUUUGUUGCCCGUGUCAAUGCCCUGUGUUCCCCUUCAACAGUGAUUUUUCUGCUGGAAGAGUGAUAAGUGAGAAAUCUGUCUUCAUAGGCAAGCUCCCUUAAGUAGAUCACACUUUACCAUUGUAAAAAUCUUUGCUUAUUCUUAUCUAAAGCCUCAUUUUAGUCUCUCUCAUAGGAGGAAUGUAGAGGAACCAAAUAAGGAAUCAGAAAAAGGUAACUAUCUUAAGU